CCUCCAUAUGCUCUAAAGGUUACCAAGCCUGUGAGCACGGUGUAAAACAAGACAGCAUGAAGCCCAUGCAGAUAUAUAUUCUGUGUACUGUGCUCUUCCUGAGUGCAUGCUUAAGAGAAAUACUGGCUAAAAAAGAAGGUGAAACCAUUUCGGAGGAUAAAGGAGUGCUGGUGCUGACUGAAAGCAACUUAAACCAUGCACUUAAACAACACAGCCAGUUACUGGUGCACUUCUAUGCUCCUCUCUCUGGUGAGUCUCUUGGAUCCAUUCUAGAGUUUGCAAAGGCAGCCAGUGAGCUCAAGGAAAACAAAUCAACUGUAAAACUGGGAAAGAUUGACGUCUCUAAAGAAAAAGAUCUUGCCAAACUCUUAAAUGUAACAACAGUGCCAUCAUUACGACUGUACCUUUCUGGAGACAAGUAUAACCCAGUUCAAUGUCCAGUUCUGAAGAGCUCUACUGCCAUCCUAACAUGGCUUAAAAGGAGAGAGGGCCCUAGUGCUGACCUUAUUACAGAUCUCAGCCAGCUGGAGAGCUUAACUGCAGAAGACGAACUUGUGGUUCUAGGAUUAUUUAAGGAUGUUGAGACGGGUUUAGUAAGGCUUUUUUACGAUGUGGCUGCUGAUAUUGCCGACUUACCCUUUUGUGUAACUGGAAGUGAGCAGAUCUUUAGCAAGUAUAAUAUAUUUGAUGACUCAGUUGUGCUUCUCAGAAAGUCAAAAAUGGCAGAAAUAUUUAAGAUGACAAGCAAAACAGUGAAAGAGGAUGUCAUUCACUUCAUUAGAGUCCAUGAGAUGUCUUUGGUGACCGAGUACAAUGGCAAGACAUCAUCUAAGAUACUAAACUCUGUGGUGCUGAAUCACUUGAUUUUGUUCAUUGAUAAAACUGAGAAUGGAUUCAAACAAACAUACCGUGCCUUCAAAAGUGCUGCCAAAGUAUAUCGAGGCAAGAUUUUGUUUGUGCUGAUCGACACGGGUGAACCCCGGAACGGACGAACCUUGGAGUAUUUCCGUGUUAGAAAGGAGGAAUCACCACUAAUACGCAUGGUUAACUUGACCAACAACUUCCAAUAUCAAUUACCUUCAGAACAACUGGACAUACAAACCAUUACGGACUUCUGCCAGAGUUACUUCCUGGGAAAUGCUAAGCCAAAGCUACAGAGUGAGCCAAUCCCCGAUGGCUGGGACAAGGAGCCAGUGAAAGAGCUGGUGGGGAUUAACUUUGAAAGGGUGGCUUUCAAUGAGAAAAAGAACGUCUUAAUCCUUCUCUAUGCUGCCUGGAGUUCUGAAAGCCGAGCACUGUUUCCUUUAUUUGAAGAGCUUGCAAAACACUACAAUGACACAGAGGAUGUGGUAAUUGCCAGAAUAGAUGUAACUGCAAAUGACAUAAACAUUCUUAUGGCAGACAGAUAUCCAUCCAUUAAACUAUUUCCUGCAGUCUAUGCGGAAAAGGUAGUGCCAUAUUCUGGUCCAACCAAGCUGGAGCCCAUAGUUGAGUUUGUGAAUGCAGAAAGAGCACAAGCCAAGAAAGAUAAGGCUAAGGAAGAGAUAGAAAGGAAGAAAUAUCUGGAUGCAAUAGCACAGAAAGAAGCAGCUAAAGAGGAGCUAUAAUGCACACACAAACAAACACCAAAUGUUUUAUAAAAAAAAAAGGAUUUCUGCCCGAUUGCUUUUAAAGUGAUAAGAAAGGAUGUAAAGCAACAUAAGAAAUAAAAUAUAUAAAACGUG